AUGAACACUGUCGUGUUGUUCGUUUUCAUUGGAUUCGUUGCCUCUGUCGCCGCUCAAGACAAGAAGAUUGAGAAGCUCCAGAUCGGUAUAAAGAAGAGGGCUGAGUCCUGUGAUAUGAAGUCGAGGAGAGGUGAUGUCCUGCACAUGCAUUAUACCGGCACGCUUCUUGACGGGACUGAAUUCGACUCCAGUCGUACUCGAAACGAAGAGUUCACGUUCACUUUAGGCAUGGGACAGGUAAUUAGAGGAUGGGACCAAGGACUUUUGAAUAUGUGUGUCGGCGAACGUCGCAUUCUGACAAUUCCUUCCCAUAUGGCUUAUGGAGAACGUGGUUCUCCCCCAAAAAUUCCUGGUUUGAUUUCUGAUUUAUCUUCGCCUUUAUUUUCAUGA